UAUCAACCCGUGAUGUACCUGAAUGUAUGGUUCUGACCAUAUCAAUUGUAAACAGAGCCCCUCCUUGGACCCUCUCUCGACAACACUCUUUCGGACUGAAUCACUACGGAACUACUGUUUGCUGCCCGUUCACAAUCAAAAUCGCGCAGAGCCCGCGCAUCAUGCCGUUUGGCCUACAAGUCACCCGGUACUCUCAUGCAAACGGUUUGGAAACGCGGAGUACAGUAUUCCAUUUUCUAGCGCUGGGCCAUUAUAUGCGCAUGGACGAGUAUCCCUCAUUGCCAAGCAUGGGGGUUCCAAUAUCAGCUCAUGUUAUGCUAUCACUCCUGUUGUGCUGAGCCUACACAUGUUGCUCUCGGUAUUAGCAUGGACCAUGGUACUAGCAGUGUCCAGGUUGUGUCCAGGUUGGUUUGUCUCAUGUUGCCGUCCUUCUCCGAUGCUUUAAGCAGCAACUGAACAUCCUGGCGGCGUGCUAGCCACAAACAAUGCUGCGCAUAGGUACCCCACGCGCGUGUCCGUUUUAGAGUUUGAGUCCUUCGUGCAGACUGCUC